AAAUACUGACGUAUUAUUAUCACGCCGUAAACUGCGCAUGCGUCGCUCAGUGUUCGUCCAUUAGCGUCAUCGCUGCUGGUUUUUAAACAGGAUGAACGCGCCACCGGCAUUCGAGUCGUUUUUGCUAUUUGAGGGAGAAAAGAAGAUCACAAUAGUUAAAGACACCAAGGUGCCAAAUGCAUGUCUGUUUACACUGAAUAAAGAGGAUCACACACUGGGGAACAUCAUCCGGUCGCAACUGCUGAAGGACCCUCAGGUGCUGUUUGCUGGAUAUAAGGUUCCUCAUCCUCUGGAGCACAAGAUAGUGAUCCGUGUUCAGACGACACCAGACUACAGUCCCCAGGAAGCCUUCACUAAUGCCAUCACUGAUCUGAUCAGUGAACUGUCCCUUCUGGAGGAGCGAUUCAGGGUUGCCAUCAAAGACAAACAAGAGGGAAUCGAAUGAAGGCCACCACACACCACUGGAACACAACAACUGAUUCACUAUGGACUGAACUGUAAAUCUUGAACUCGGUUUCUGUAAUGGGCUACAAUAUUCCCAUUUAUGUAUUUUCAUGAAAUAUUAUAAGGUCAGUUGACAAGUUCUCAUAAUGAAUACUAAGAGAUCUUUACCAGCUUCUAACAACAUAAUUUUCUCUUCAGUGUCCCACUCAUUUGUGAUUUAGUUUAUUUUUUGUUAUUAAUAAAUUUACUUUUGUAAUGAAAUACAA